GGGGCUUUGGGAGCACAAGCCUCGGUUGUAUCACCAUUGCUAGCCAUUGCUGGCUCACUCCUGUUUUUUGUUUUUCUUCAUCGCUUUCAUUCUUCACAUUGUCUGUCUCCCUCCUCCUCUGCUCCGCCUCCCUUCCCCUCAUAUUGUAUCUACAUUUCACAAUCUGGAAAACUGUUUUCGGGUUUGGAGCUCCAAUUGUUUCCGCAGAUUUUUUCGCUGAUUGAGUGCAGCCUGAGCUCGCCAACUGUGGGUAUGGCGUGCGCCACUGCUCCGGCUCUGCACUCCUCAGCGUCGUGGACUGCAUCGACCGUGCCGUCUUUGCGAGGUGGUGUAAGUGCUCAUGAGAGGGUAUCCUUAAGGUACACGCAAUGGCGCACCUCUCUAUCGAACGUUGUGGGGUGCCGAGCGGUUAUGUCAGCUGAGAACAGCAGGGACGUCUCGCCUACAUCCUCUGAAUUGAAGCAGAAUGAAGGGGAGCCCUCUUCUCAUGUUCUGGCCGAGCAACGAAGGCGUGUAGGAAGGGGUUCAAGAUUGGUGGGAUCAGGGUCAGCUGUCCCAAAGCAUCUCAUCACAAAUGAAGACCUCUCAAAAUUUGUGGACACCUCGGAUGAAUGGAUUUCCGUGCGAACAGGAAUUCGCAAUCGUCGCGUACUCGGAGAGGAGGAGUCCGUCACAUCAUUAUCCGUGGAAGCUUCAAGGAAGGCCCUCGAAAUGGCUAACGUGAAACCAGAGGAUGUUGAUUUGUUGUUGCUGUGUACAUCUACUCCAGACGAUCUAUUUGGUAGUGCUCCACAGGUGCAGAAGCUGCUUGGAUGCCAUAAUGCCUUGGCUUUUGAUUUAACGGCUGCAUGCAGCGGAUUCGUUCUCGGUCUUGUGACGGCCACUCGCUUCAUUAGGGGAGGUGGUUACGAAAAUGUUCUUGUGGUUGGUUCUGAUGCUCUUUCAAGAUACGUGGAUUGGACGGAUAGAGGAACGUGUAUCCUAUUUGGUGAUGCUUCUGGAGCGCUCCUGCUACAGGCAGCAACUGACGACCAAGACAGCUUGCUUGGGUUUGAUUUACGCAGCGAUGGGAAUGGGCAUAAACAUUUGCAUGUGACGGUAGAUAGUGUAGCUGAAUCCUCAUCUAGUGGAGCUGAGACAAAUGGAGCAGCAUUCCUGCAACCAGGAAAGGCAUCAUAUGAAUGUCUUCAAAUGAAUGGGAAGGAAGUGUUUAAGUUCGCAGUCCGAGCUGUUCCUCAGGUUGUGGAAGGAGCAUUACAAGAGGCCGGGAUUACGGGAAAUGAUGUAGACUGGCUGCUGCUCCAUCAGGCCAACCAGAGGAUUCUUGAUUCAGUUUCUGACAGGUUACACAUACCUUCAGAGAAAGUGAUUUCGAACCUUGCUAAUUAUGGUAAUACCAGUGCAGCCUCCAUACCAUUAGCUCUAGAUGAAGCUGUUAGAAGUGGCAAGGUGAAGGCUGGCGAUGUUGUGGCCACUGCAGGAUUUGGGGCAGGUCUUACAUGGGGAUCAGCGAUUGUUAAAUGGGGAUUGGCAGCGAGAACAAGAUUACAGUUGGACACAAGAACUUGGCUAAAUCGUGAUAAACAAGAGUUUCCUGGAUUGAAGCUUUGGCAUCAAAAGACCAUAAAAGAUGGUACAUUUCAGCUCAGAACUGCUUCUGUGUAGUGGGCUGUUGUUCUGUCAGCUGAUGAGGUCCAAUGUAGAUGUGGGUGUAUUCAAGAGUAGAGCAACUCGAGGUGUUAGGUUUUACUGAUGGUCUGUGUUCAUUGCACCAAUGGAGAGAGCCAUGGCGUGGAACUUAAUGCGGCAAGGUCAUCUCUGAAAUGGAAAUGGAUUUCAAUUCGUAUACCUCUAUAAUACUGGCGGUAAUUGAAUAUGUUGUCUCCACAA